UCUGCACGACCUGGAUGCCCACGGGCGGCAGGGCGCUGUCACACGCUGCCCGCGCUCUCGGCAGGGGCACUGCGCUGUCCUGCCCUCGCCCGCAGCUCCCCGUGCCCAGAGCGCCGUCCUGCUCUGCCGGACUCAGCCCCGCUUGCUGGUGCCAGCUGCUGCUCCAGCCUGUCUCCGUGCCAUCCCCAAAGCAGCGCCGUGCUGCCCGCGCUUUUCCUCUCUCCCUGCUUUUGGGCAGCUGGCUGCGCUCGGCCUGCACGGCUGCAGAGGACAUGGCAGAGCAGCGCUACUGCGUGGACUAUGCCAAGCGAGGCACCGCGGGCUGCAAGAAGUGCAAGGAGAAGAUCGUGAAGGGGAUGGUGCGCAUUGGGAAGAUCGUUCCCAAUCCUUUCACCGAGUCUGGAGGGGACAUGAAGGAGUGGUACCAUGUCAAGUGCAUCUUUGAGAAGCUGGACAAGGCCCGGGCCACCACCAAGAAAAUCGAAGACAUCACAGACUUGGAGGGGUGGGAAGAGCUGCAGGAUGAGGACAAAGAAAUAAUCAACAAGCACAUCUCAGAAGCCAAUGCCAAGACUGGAGGUACCCCGAAGAAAAAGGUGAUAGUGCAGGCAAAACUCACUGCCACAGGACAGCUGACCACAAAAGAUCCACCAAAGAAAUUCUCUGGAUUCACGGCCAAGCCAAAGAAUUCAGAAGAUGCCCCUGCAAACUCAGCCCAGCAGCCCAGCCUGUCUGCAGCCAGGUGUGACCCCAAGCACAAGGACUGCCUGCUGCGGGAGUUCCGCAAGCUCUGUACCAUGGUGGCUGAGAACCCCAGCUACAAUGUGAAAACUCAGAUCAUCCGGGACUUCCUCAGGAAGGGAUCUGCAGGAGAUGGUUUUCAUGGUGAUGUAUACCUGACCAUUAAGAUGCUGUUACCAGGUGUCAUUAAAAUAGUUUACAACUUGAAUGAUAAGCAGAUUGUAAAGCUGUUCAGCAGGAUUUUUAACUACAACCAGGAAGAAAUGAUCCGGGACCUGGAGCAGGGAGAUGUUUCUGAGACCGUGCGGAUCUGCUUCGAGCGGAGCAAGACGUGUCCUCCAGCAGCCAGGAGCGUCCUGACCAUCCAGGAGGUGGAUGAAUUCCUCAUCCAGCUCUCCAAGCUCACCAAGGAGGAUGACCAGCAGAGUGUCCUGCAGCAGAUCAGUCGCAGGUGUACGGGCAACGACCUGAAGUGCAUCAUCAGGCUAAUUAAGCAUGACUUGAGAAUUUAUGCUGGAGCAAAGCACGUGCUGGAUGCUCUGGAUCCCAAUGCCUACGAGGCCUUCAAGGCCUCCAGGAAUCUGCAGGACGUGGUGGAACGGGUGCUGCAGAACCAGCUGGAGUCUGAGAAGGAGCCAGGGCUGAAGAAGACCCUGAGUGUGCAGGCCUCACUCAUGACCCCAGUGCAGCCCAUGCUGGCUGAGGCCUGCAAGUCCAUCGAGUACGCCAUGAAGAAGUGUCCCAACGGGAUGUACGCCGAGAUCAAGUACGACGGCGAGCGCGUGCAGGUGCACAAGAACGGGGAUCACUUCAGCUACUUCAGCAGGAGCCUCAAACCUGUGCUCCCCCACAAAGUAGCCCAUUUUAAGGAUUUCAUCCCCCAGGCUUUCCCUGGUGGGCAGAGUAUGAUCCUGGAUUCAGAAGUUCUCCUGAUUGACAAUAAAACUGGCAAGCCACUUCCUUUUGGGACUCUUGGUGUGCACAAGAAAGCUGCUUUCCAGGAUGCCAACGUUUGCCUGUUUGUGUUUGACUGCAUCUACUUCAACAAUGUCAGCCUGAUGGACAGGCCCCUGUGUGAACGGCGCAAGUUCCUCCACGACAACAUGGUGGAGAUCCCCAACAGGAUCCUGUUCUCAGAGAUGAAACAUGUCACAAAAGCUUCAGAUCUGGCAGACAUGAUCACCCGAGUCAUCCGGGAGGGGCUGGAAGGGCUGGUGCUGAAAGAUUUAAAGGGAAAUUACGAACCAGGGAAGCGCCACUGGCUGAAGGUGAAGAAGGAUUAUCUCAACGAGGGGGCAAUGGCUGACACAGCUGACCUGGUGGUGCUGGGGGCUUUCUAUGGACAGGGCAGUAAAGGUGGGAUGAUGUCCAUCUUCCUCAUGGGCUGCUAUGACCCCAAGAGUGAGAAGUGGUGCACGGUGACCAAGUGCUCUGGUGGCCACGACGACGCCACCCUGGCACGUCUGCAGACAGAGCUGGACAUGGUGAAGAUCAGCAAGGAUCCUAGUAAAAUUCCAAGGUGGCUAAAAAUUAACAAAAUCUACUACCCAGACUUCAUUGUCCCAGAUCCAAAGAAAGCCCCAGUGUGGGAGAUCACCGGGGCCGAGUUCUCGCGGGCCGAGGCGCACACUGCCGACGGCAUCUCCAUCCGCUUCCCGCGCUGCACCCGCAUCCGCCACGACAAGGACUGGCAGAGUGCCACCAACCUGCAGCAGCUCAAGGAGCUGUACCAGCUCUCCAAGGAGAAGGCUGAUUUCAGUGUUACAGCUGGGGAGGAAGAUGAGUCCACAGCUGGCAGCAGUGGAGAGAAUGAUGGGAAUUCCAGGUCUUCCACACCUCACAGCAGUAUUAAGAGUCCCCCAAGCAAGUCACCUGCAAAAGCCCAGAAGGCAGAAGAGAGCAAAGGAGUCAUUGGCUCCCCUGAGAAAUCCGAGGAGAAACGAGGGGAGAAGAGAAAAGCAUCCGAGCUGGAGGACAAUGGAAAGAAGGUACAGUCAGGGGCCAGGCAGCCCCAGGGCGGGGUGGGGGAGCCUGGGGCCGCUAUUGUCCGUUCAUUUCCAUCCCAAGCGAGGUUUUGCCCGAGCUCUGCCUCUCCUUCCCCUCAGCUGCCGCUGCUGGACAUUUUCACGGGGGUGAAGCUGUACCUGGCGCCCUCCGUGAAGGACUUUGCCCGAAUCCGCCGCUACUUCAUCGCCUUCGACGGGGACCUGGUGUCAGAGUUGGACACGGCCUCGGCCACGCACGUCAUCGGGGACAUCGGGGACAGCCCCGGCGCCGUGCGCGUCACGCCCCGCUGGAUCUGGGAGUGCAUCCGCAAGCGCCGGCUGGUGGCGCCGUGCUAGCGCAGGGCAGGGAUGGCUCGCGGCGGUGGGAACGGGCGGGGAGAGACGGGAAACGCCCCCAGAAGUAGCUGCAGAGAUCCAGAGCAACCCUGGGGAAUGAAUUUCAGGAGUUCUCUGGAGAAACGUCACUGCUGAAUCCCAUACUGUAGACCACUGCCCCCAUGCGGGCGCUGGUUAAGUCUCCUUGGGUUUUUAAAGUUUGGGUAUUUUUAUAGAUAAAGAAAUAAAACAGCAGCUUCUCCUUUGCUGUCAGGACUUAUUUUCCAGUUUUCUGGAGUACAGAGCAGCAGCUCCAUAGGAUUCUUGGCUGUGGUGCCAAGAUCAUUUGUGUUGUCAGGUAAUUUUUUCCUCCCUCCACUUCUGUACAGGUAAGCACCUGGAAUCCCAAUUUUUGGCUGAGGUUCAGCAGUAGCUGUAGGAUCUCUGCUUGUAACCAAAUCGGAAACAAAGUUAACUAAAUCACAUUUCAACUUUAUUAUAAAAUUAUAAACAAAACUUCUGUACCAAAACUAGUAAGUUGAACUGUCAUAGUACCAGAGGAUUUAAGAAUGAAUAACAUGCCCUUUCAAGUAGAAUAUUAACUUUUAAAAUCUUUAAACAAUGUACAGUGUACAUAAACCACAUAAAUAUUUCCAUUUACUUUAUUAGUUCAGAACAUUAUAUUCCUUUGGAUCAUUAAUCAGUUUCCUCCAGGUUUUGAUUUUCCUUUAAAAACAACUCCCUCAUAUCCGUAAGUAGAGAAUCCAUUUUUACAAGGGAAACAAGAAGAAUCCUCCCUUCACAAAGCACAUUUUGGAGUCACAGGGUGGGUGGAUCUUCUUAUCCCUAAAAUUUCAGGCAUUGAUCUGCAGCUUUGUUAAACUGCUGUAGGAAAUAAGCCUACCCUCUACAAGGAAAAGUACAUGUAUCCAUAGGGGAAUCAUCUUCUUCCUGCUAAAUUCCCCCAGCCCUGAGUUAUUGAAAAAUAUGACAACGUGAAUUUUCACAGUGAAUUUCCUACAUGAGGCUGUUCUGCACUUUGUGGAUCCCUGCAGCUCUUCAAGGUCCCUGUGCCCUCUCCAGAGCAAACAGUCACUUCUUACCUGCCCUUUUUUCUGUCCUGAUGCACUGACUUGUUCAGUUUGUUCUCAUGCUGGAUAUGUUCAACCUUAAAUCAAAGAUUAAAGAGCAGCCUGACCUGGGGCAGAGGUAGAACUCAGACUGCUGAGUUAGUGAAGUUUUCUGGAGUUCUGAGACCACCACAGUGAGAAAUCCAUGGCUCUCCUGUUCCUCCUGAGCCACGGAUUUCUCAUCUCGGGAGUUGUUUUGGCUGCAGCUCCUAGAGCAAAGCCCCUGCAGUGCCUGCCCUCGAGCUGUCCCUGUUCAGAACUCACAGAGUCCAUGUGCUGUUGACAUUUCCCACUGCACAGGAGCUGGGAGAGGCCUCACUGCAGAGUCCCUCUGGUUUGUGCUGUCCUCUGCUGGCAGCCAGGCUGGAGCACAGAGCCACCUCCUCCCCAGAGCAGCCAGGAAAGCUGCGCAGGGGGCUCAGCUGCCCUGGAGUGAGGCCACAAGCCCACAGUGAUGGACAUUUAGGGCAGCAGGGAAAAUGCACCAGUUCAAAUCCUCUCCAGCAAGUCUCUUCCAGCUCAACACAGUGCCCAGGAGAGCUGCCAGGCAUCAGGCCACAGCCUCUCUCCCCACCCUCACCAGCAGAAAGGACAAAAUUGCUUUUGAUAAACAGUGGAAGGUAACAGAACUGUAAAUCUGAGCCCUGGGGAGGUGGGGAUGCUGAUCUGCAAUGGAGGCAAGGGAGACAAAGGCUUUCUUCCAUGAUUCCCUUCUAAAAAAAGAAAAAGUCAGCUGUACUUAAAUAUGAUUGUGUAGCAGUGGAGUCCUCACUACUCUGCAGCUCUGAGCUUUCCUCACUAAACCCUGGGGAAGGCUCAAGCCUUGGAUUGCUAACUCCCUCAGCAAGGGAGGGCAGUUCAGUUUGAGCCCCACCUCUGGCACGAGCUCUUAAGUCAAAGUCAACAAAAUCAAACCAGAAACCUCCCUGUGGCACAGAAACAAAAACGCAGCACUCAGGGCAAGGCUGAGCCUUCCCAGCCUCCCUCCCUGACACUUUUCAAUAAUACAAAGACAACCUUGAUAUAAAAUUACACAUUUUUCCACAAUUGCACUAAGCUGGAAUUAG